UAAAUCCAAUGCUCUUUUUUAUUACUGAUUUCGCUUAGUAAUUGAUUUCAUGUCAACUUCUGAACAUGGUGACAUUUAAAAAAUGUGUUGCAUUAUAUUUUUUAAUUGUAUUGCAUUCAUCAAACGGAGAUGAAAACCAAAAUGAAAGCAACUGCCCGCCAAUAGUUAGCCGAAAGCGAUGGGGGAGUCGACCUGCAAAAAGUGUAACAUAUCAAACAAUACCGGUGAAAUAUGUGAUAAUCCAUCAUACCGUCACACCAACAUGUAGCACAAAAUUGAAAUGCUCAAAUGUUUUGCUUGGAAUUCAAAGCUUUCAUAUGGACGAACAAGGCGGAGAUGAUAUUCCAUACAAUUUUUUGAUCGGCGAUAAUGAUAUCUAUGAAGGAACCGGAUGGCAUAUUAGAGGUGGUCAUACAUUCAACUAUAAUUCGAAUAGUACGGGAAUUGGAUUUAUUGGAUCUUUUAAUGAGCAACUUCCAACGGCUGUCUCAAUCCAAAAAGCAAAACAACUGCUCAAAUGCGGAGUAGAUAUUGGUGAAAUCCACCCGAAUUACAUUCUACUAGGUGGCCGUCAAAUAUAUGCCACAGAAAGUCCUGGCCUAGAACUUUACGCUGAUAUUCAAGAUUGGGAACAUUGGAGGGCUAAUCCUUAAUGCCACAAUUUGGAAAUAAUUCUAAUAUUGAAUACUUAUCUUUUAUCAAUUAAAUUUUUAUUCAAAUUUAAUUAAAUACAUCAAUUUAUUCAUUGAUAUCAA